CAAUUGCUCAGGUAUUUGCUACUGAAGUUACCGAGACAUUGACAUUAUUAGGCAAGGUAGCUCAAUCCCCCAGAAUUCAACACUGCGCGGUUAGAAUGUAAACACGUUUAAGAUUCACGUCGGACGUCCCGCUAGUUGGACCUCUGUUUGCAGACCUCUUUAUACUACAACCACCCGGCAAACAGGUUGGACAACUAUGAGCAAAGAAACACAAAUGAGGGCUGCUGUAAAUCAAAAGUUAGUUGAAAUGGGAGAAAGAGAGCGGUUGAAGGAGUUACUAAGAGCCAAGCUUGCUGAGUGUGGUUGGAGGGAUGAGCUAAAGGCACAUUGCAAAGAUGUCAUAAAAGAAAAAGGUUUAGAACAUGUGACAGUCGAAGAUCUGGUGACAGAAGUCACACCGAAAGGAAGAGCCCUGGUGCCAGACAGUGUCAAGAAAGAACUCCUUCAGAGAAUAUGUGCGUUUUUGGCACAGCAAUCUACUUUGUAAAGAAGAGUGUCUGUCAUGUUUUUUUUUUUCUUUUUCUUUUUUUUUUUUUUAAAGAAGCACUAGGCCUAUGUCAUUGUUUGUACCUGAUAACAAUGGCUUGAAACUCAUUUGGAUGGUACAGUGACUUACAAUAGGGGAAUUAUCAUCUCUGCAUGGUCACUGUUACUGGGUGCCCGCAGUGCCUGGUAUUACAUAAUGUGACUUUGGAGUACCGUGCAGGUACAUGGCCAUUUUUUGUCACUAGUCAACACACUGGUAUCAAUGGAAUUCUAUUGGACUGCCCUGCACGUUGAUUAAAGUCUUUUGGACUGCCCUACACAUUCCUCCAACAUGUAGCUUAAAUAUUAGAUAGUUGUGAAUGUUCAAAGACCUUUUUUUUUUGUCAAGGUAUUACUUUUUAACUGAUUUCAUUUGUUGAAUGUGAGGGGAUUAAAAUGCAUUGUUACAGAGUGUUUUCCAAGUAAUUUGAUAUUAAAUCUUGUAAGAUUGUA